UCUCCAGCGCACAGACUGGAAGCUGCUUUAGCUCCCGAAUUGUCCAGAAUAGCAAAAACAUGACAAGCAGAGAAUCUGCCUGGAUCCCGCAGCUGUUUUCCUGCUCGUACCGCGUUCCGUUCCCGGUAGCCUGCGGGGCUGGGCAGGAGCGGCGAGGGGAUGCCGGGAGCGGCACGGUCUCGCCAUGGUGACGGCGCGGGGCCCCGGACAGCGGCAGGGCCAGCGCCGGGCCCGGGCACAGCUCCCCGGGGCCGGACACCCCGCCCGGGACCGGAGUGCCCCGGGGGGCGCCCGCCGAGCCUCGGCAGCCGCGGCCUGGCCAGGGUAGAGGGGGAACAGCAGCAGCCGCCGCCGGGGGAGCCCUCAGCGGGGUGAGCGGGGCCGCGGUACGAACCGGGGUAGGUGAGGUGAAGCCGAUGGACAAGGAAGAGGAAGAAGCUGCCGGUGAGGAAAAGGCUCACAUCCCCGCAGAAAYUGAGAGGAGCAGUACAGAGGAAAGUCUUUCAGAGGCCAAGGAAAAAGAGAAAGAAACCAAGCAUGUCAUCAAAAAUAUCGAGUGGACCACAGCUGAGAACUUCACWGUGGAGACAGGACGGCAGCAGAUUGAAGAACUCAUUUCUACGUGGGACAUCCAUGAAAGCUGGCUYCACCACUCAGAAUUUCUCGAGGAAGAAGAACUGAAGGACAGCAAGAGGUACCAUUACAGAGCUAGCUGGGGCAUCCCAACACGCAGAAAACCCGUCCCACGAGCAACAGCAAGUGUCUACUUUGUUAUAGUGAUCUCCAAAUUAAAACCUGACACCGCUCCUGUGGAGGUCUUCUACAGACUGGAGUCCAGCAGGCUGGUUCGGAGGCCAGAACAGUGUCAGUUUAGAGAAAAGUGGCUUAAAGACAUCAUUGAAAAUAAAAUAGUGUGCCUAGAAAGACUUGCUUCUCGAUGAACAGCUCCAAUUCACCAUCACCAGUACUCUGUUGUGGAGAACUAAAUAAACACCAUCAAGAAUGAAAGACUCUUCCUUUAUAGCAUUUCUAUUUUGUAGAUACAUAAGAAACACUGAACCUGUGCAAAAUCAGCUAUGYCCUGACAUGGCAGCUGGCUGUGUGUGACAGUCCCUGGACCAGGUUCCUGAGUAUAAAUGGGAAGAAGCAGCUGGGUGGGAUUUGCUGUUUGUGAAUGCCAGAUCUGUGAAACUCCAGGGAAAAUAUUUUAGGACUUUAGGACUUUUAUUUUUUUGAUACAAAUGUACAAGACAUCUCUGCUUAGGGRAACAAAAAAAAAUAUUUAGGGGAACAAAAAAAGAAACAACCCACCUCUCAAAACAUUUUCAUUUCAAAAACAUUUGAGAAAAUGAAGUGCCAGGGGGAUAUGUUUGGAAAUACGCAGCUGAAUCAAAGAGCACUCCCUGAGCAAGCCCUCCAAGCAGAGUUUAAAGCAAGCCAUGUAAUACUACUGAAACAGAGCAAAUUAAAAYACUACAGGGUUUAUAAGGGUUUAAUCUAGAACACUUUCAGAAACAAAAACAUUUCAAAUAAAUUUAAAGAUACAUCCUUGUUACCACCUGUGUACAUCYAGGGGUUCCAAUCACUGCACCCCACUGCACUGAUGCCUAUGUAUAACAUAGGAGAAAAAGAAGCAAGCAACUUAGUUCUUCACCAUAUAUUUCAGUGGAUUGAAGAUCAGACCCUCCUGUUACUGUUUCUUUACAUCUGAGCUGUGAUCUGCUUGCUCUAAAAGUAAUGAAGCCCAUCUGUAUUAAAUUACAAACUCAUUUACAAAAUAUUUACAAGUCUGGUUUGAACCACAAGCCAAACUCAACUGUUUUGAGAAAAAAAACCUAAAUCUAAAAGACUAGUGAAAAAAUAGCAAAGUGGAYAGUGCUAGAUCUUAAAACACKAACUCAGGAGUUCCUUCAUUUUUGMUACUGGUACUAGUAGCUUGUUAAASRUCUUUUCAAGCUAAAUGAUCCUGUGAGUAACCAAAAUAAAUGGAAUUUUAAAAAAUCACACAUAUUGGCAUUAGGUAACAAAGCCAUCCCAUGGGAUCCUCCUGCUUGUCUGAUUGAAAGCAAGCGCAGAACAUUGACACCUCUAAUCUUCCCUGCACGGUCCUGCCUUCCCUGCCUUGUAGCCUUUCUCUUUCCAGGGAUUCCUUGCAGAUCGUAAACAAACGAUCCAAGAAAAUCUGAUUAAAAUAACUGGUUCCUUGACACAAGUAAUCCACUCCU